AUUGUAGACGAAUGGUCCUUGACGAAUGUCGGUUAUGUGUUGUUCGUUGGGGAGUUGCGGUUUGCUUUAACAGUUCAAAUUCUUCUCUGCUCUUAAAAUUUGUUUUAUGCUUUUGAUUAACCCUAGCCAACUGACUGCUGCUUACUUUUUUUCAAGCCGUGAAAUGGCUUUUUGUUCAACUAUCUUUCUGAACAAAAUAGUUUUUAGACCGGGACAAAUCGGCUAUUGAUAUCCUUAUCUGGUUUGUUUUUAUUGCAGUUUAUUUCCUAGCCUUGCAAUCGUAUGACAGAAGUCUCUUUAAAGUAUAUAAAUAGCUUAACAUGAAGUUGGAAAAUUGGGAAAACAUUGUUUUUUCAUGGAUGAAUUCAUGGAGUUUUACAAAAGAGCCGGUAAACGAUAUAGGGUCUGUUCUCAAUAAUGAAUUUUACUUACAACUUUUUAAAGAGCUGGGCAAAGAAGAGUAUUACCAAGAUGACAAACCUUUGUCUAAAUCUGUUGAAGAAUAUCUUAAAGAUGAAUAUCAAGGGUUUGAGGUGACAUCAAAUCCCUGGAGUGAUGUGGAGACCAUCCUUGUGACAUCGCUUGUGCUGUUUUCUGCUUCGCUCAAAUCUCACAAUUUGCGCACACCUUUAUUCCAACUACCCAGAACAACCCAAUUGUCAAUCCAGGCCUUUUUUCAAAAGUUGAUUUCAAAACCAACACAAGAAGUCAAUAAUGAAAUCCUGCUGGAAGUUAUAAAUGAUAUAUCAGAUGAUGAAAACGAUGUCCUAGACAGUUUGCCGAAAACUCCGAUUUUACGGUUCAAAUCUAAUUUACAAGAGACUCCUGAGUGGAAGAGACAUGAGAGUGCUAAGGUGAAGUCUUUAGAGUGUAAAUUAGACCUUGUUGAAUGGGAAAAACAGCAUUUACAAGAAGAAGUGGAGCUCUUAAAAAAAGAUUUGGAUGAUCUAAGAAAGAAAUAUAAUGUCAAAGAGCAAGAUGUUCUGAAGCUGGAGAGUGAAUUGUAUAUUUGCAAGUCUAAAGAUGAAGACACUAUUGAGGCGAAUGCUGUCAUGGUAAAGGCGAAACACGAGGAAAAUAGGCUAAAGGCUCAAAUUUGUGAUAUGGAAAAAGCUAUGGAGACGAUAAGGACAGAUCUCUACAGAGCAUUAACGAGCAACUCUACUCUUGAAUCACAAUUGGAAAGGAGUGAAGAGCGGGAAGAGGAGUCUGAAAAGAACUGUAUGCAACUAGAAUCCAAGGUGGAAAUGUUGACUUUGUAUGUACAGGAAUUAGAGUCGAUGGUUUCAAAUCUUAAACAGACUACUAAAGAGCAGAGUGAACUUCUACUUGAAAAAACAAGUUACAAAACGCUGAAUGAAAGUCUGGCUAGCAUCGAGGCAGAUGGUGAAACUUUAGCAACUGUUGUUGAAAUGAAGUAUCUAGAGGCAGAAAGCCAACUUUGCAGCUUGAGAGCCGAACUGCGGGAAUGUGUAGAAGAAAAAGAAGAAUUAGUUAAAACAGUGGAAUAUCUUCAAAAGGUGAUUAACAGCAGAGAAGAUGAGGAUAAAGAAGAGUUCAUACGCCUCAAGACUAAGCUAAUGGAAACAUCCAAUAGUUUAGAAGAACAACGAGAAGAAAAUGAAUUUUUAAUGUUAUCUUUGGAGGAGAAAAAAUCUGAAAAUGAACAACUAAUAAAGGAUUUAGAAAUUUUAAAAGGAAGUGAGGUAAUUUCAAAUGAAGUGGACUUCAAGAGCUCUUCAGAUUCUGGUAUUAAAACAGACAUGCUUCACGAUGAACCCAAUAAGGAAAAAUUACAAAGUGAGAUUACACAUUUGAACUCGCUCCUCGAUGGCAAGCAAUGCGUUCUUGAAGAGACAAAAGGAUACAUCAACAAACUCAAAAGGGAAAUAUCAAGGAGUGAUCGUGAGUUGUCCUCCCUCAUGGAGGAUCUCAGUCUGACGAAAUCCAAGCUUUCAAAGGCCCAGCAAAAAGUGUGCGAACUCAAUAAAGAGCUUAUGGAAAAGAACAUGGAAAUCAGCCAGCUCAACGGGGAAAUUUCAAAAUGUAAAGCUGAAAAUUCUAUGAUAAAAGGUAGAAUUCGUUCUGUCGAACUGGAAGCUGAGAAUUUGAAAGGAGAUUUACGAGUAAAAGAUACUACUGUUUUGGCACUGGAGCAGAAUUUAAAUAUGCACGAUCAUGAGAAAGCAAUUCUCGAAAGAAGAAUUUGCUUUUUGAAAGCCGAUGCUGAUCAAGUUAAUCAAAUGAAGUCUGAAAUUCAAAUGUUAAAAAAGGAAAUUGCAAAAUUAGGCGAAGACUUAUCAUCCCAAAGGACUGAAAAAGAACAGCUAAAAGUGCAAAUUGAAGAGAAGGAGAAGUCGUGUAAAUUCAUGGAGAAUAAGCUGGCCAGUCUUGAAACAGAAAUGCAAAAUAAGUACGAAGAGGCAUUGCAGAAUGCGACUAGUGAAUAUGCAAUAAAGAUAAAUCAUCUGAAGAAGAAGAUGAUCAAAGACAAGACCCACAUAGAAGAAUUGAGCUCAGAGCUCUGGGAGACAUGUGAUAGGUACCUUUUGGCCUCACAGGAGAGUAAGGCACUACGAGGGCAGCUACAAAGGACAAGGGCUGCUCUCGAGCUUUUAACAAACACUCAACCCAUGACGAGUCAGAGGAGCAAUCCCUGCCUUUGGCUAGAAGAAGAAAACUUUGAUGAGAGGCUUACUUAUACGAGAGAAAUAUGGGGAAGAAGAUAUUCGUUUACAUCAAAUAAAGGUGUAAUUGACAACGACCAAGAACAUAUUGAUGAUGAUGAAGUUUUCAAUGAUGCAUGUCUUGAAGACUUGAAAGCUGGUGUUUGUCGCCUUCCCACCAAUCCACUUCCACUCGCUUCAAGAGCUUCAUAUCCAGUACCAAGGACUUCAGAGAUGAGCAUGGGGAAAACAUCAGAUCGACAGAGCCUGUUGAUAAAUGAGAAACCAAAGAAAAUCAAAACUGGAAUAAGCUAUAGCCGACCAGGUCCCCCGACACCAGUCAGAAACAGGCUCUCUCUUCAGGGAUUAGACAGAAUGGAAAAAGUUGUCAAUGAGAACGAGAAAAUUAUGCGGGAGUCACAAGGGCCUUUGAGCUUCAGCAGAUUUUUUAACAAGAGAAACCAGAAUAAGAUCAAACCUGUACAAGUAUCUCCAAAAGUGAGGAGGAAAAGUUUUUUUCAAAGGAAAUUCGGCUCCAACAGGGAAAACAUACCUCCAAAUUAACAUAUGGUUCGAAGAUGAACAACUAGUCAUUGUUUUCUUUACCUUUUUUUCCUUGAAAAACCUUACUUAUUAAUUAAUAAUAUGAGAAUAUUUUGGUUUCUAUU